CUUACUUUUCAUCACCAUUUAUAAACCAUCUCUUCCCCCUUACUUUUACUUGCACAUUACAUUUCUCCCUUAAAUCUCAAACUUUUUGAUCUCUGAUUGAUUCUUGAGAAAACUCCUGAUCCUUCUUUUUUUUUUUCUCUUCAAAAACCAGCCUUUUGUUUUUGAAAACUCCCUGCACAAAUGGCUAGUACACAAAUGAAAUCCUUUGCCACUUUGCUUCUGUUGCUUAACUUUUGCAUGUAUGUUAUUAUUUUGGGCAUUGGUGGCUGGGCCAUGAACAAAGCAAUUGAUCAUGGCUUUAUCAUUGGUCCUGGAUUACGACUACCAGCGCAUUUUUCACCGAUUUACUUUCCGAUGGGGAAUGCAGCCACUGGUUUCUUUGUGUUAUUUGCUUUGUUGGCUGGUGUGUUUGGAGCUGCCUCAGCAAUCUCAGGAUUGAACCACAUUCGAUCAUGGAGUGUUGAAAGCUUAAGCGCUGCUUCUUCUGCUGCUGUUUUUGCUUGGACUCUUACUAUUCUUGCCAUGGGCUUUGCUUGGAAAGAGAUUGCACUGGAUUUCAGAAACGCAAGACUGGUAACAAUGGAGGCAUUCUUCAUAAUUCUGUCAGCAACACAGCUAGUUUACAUAAUGGCCAUCCAUGGUGAUAAUUCCACAAGAUAAAGAGCUGAAUGAAUGGUGGAAUAUCUGUUUGAUUCACAUUGCCCAUUUUCAUUUGUUUUUGGUGUUGGUUUUAACGUCCUAUGUGCAAAAAUUGCAACUUGCAAGGAGAUUAAUUUAGAACAUUUAUAUAUUUAUAUUUUUGUUGUGAUUUGUGUGGUGUGAUUUUAUUUGUAUAAAAUAUUUGAUAAUAAAUAUUGGUUUGAUAUUUUAUU